AAAAGGCAAUCCGCUGAAACGCAUUGCUCUAUUUGUGGCCCACCAGGGCUUUCGUAGUUUGCUAUCCCUCGUCACAGUUGCGGUAGAUUUGUAUAGAGCAAGCUGCUAGUUCUGCUGAAAGUUCUGGGCUCGUUAGAAAAGGAGGAACCGAAGCGCUGUGCACUCUGGGACCGCAAGGGAACUACCGAGUGAGACCGUCUUGCAAGCACACAGUACUCCUAACCAAGCCCCAAAGUUUUAUGAGAAUACUGUCGGCUACCUUCUCCAGCUUGCUCCUGUUUGUGUAAAGGGUCUUUUCAUAUGCAAAGAAGGGGGAGUGUCUUAUUUGCCACUUGCAGUGGGCUUUCCAGCUGCCUUUUCAACAGAGCCAAACUGACAGCUUCUAAGUGUUCAGUAUUCAAAUUUUAAUCUGGUUGCAAAAUGGAAAACACUAUAUCCAACCUUAGAAAUUUCUCAAGAUUGGACUUUCCCUCAAAAAUUGAAGUAAUAAUUAAAGGAAGACCAAUGCCUGAGCUGAAGGACUUAGUUCAAAAAGACAAAACCAUGACACGUACAUUCCAAAUGGAGUGGUAUCAAAGGAAAGAUUGGCUGUGUGGAUGUGAUGCAAAGAAUCGCCUUUACUGCUUUCCGUGUAUUUUGUUCUCCACUACAGAUAAUGUUUGGACAAAUGCUGGAUUUGGAGAUUUAAAAAAUCUAUCAAGGCGCGUCAACAAACAUGAGAAAUCGACCAGUCACAUUCAAAACCAAUUUGCUUGGAAAACCUUUGGAUCAGUGAGAAGGAUAGAUAUUUCUUUAAAUGAACAGCAGAGAUUAUAUAUCAUCAACCACAAUGCGAAAGUGACUGAAAACCGUGAGAUUUUAAAAAACCUUAUUCAAGCAACCUUCUAUCUAGGCAAACAGGAAAUAGCAUUUUGUGGUAACGAGGAGGGUGCAAAGUUUUCUAAUCGUGGCAACUAUGUGGAGCUAUUGCAUAUUUUGGCAUGGAAAGAUGCAACUUUUGCAAGACAUUUGAAAACAUCCACUGUGUUUUCUGGAUGUUCAAAUAGAAUACAGAAUGACUUAAUAGAAGCAGUAGCUGAUGUAAUAAGAGAGGAUAUAAGAAAGGACAUUGAUGCAGCCCCAUUUGUUGCUGUUGAAGUAGAGGAGACAACUGAUGUUACAAACAAAACACAAAUCUCUGUAAUUGUGCGUUAUGUGGCUAAAAGUGAGCUGAAUUGUGAGAUAAAUGUGAAGGAGGCGUUCUUAGGAUUUGAUGAAGUGGUUGACAGACGAGUACCAGCUAUUGCUAACUAUGUAUUGGGAGUGUUGGAGAAAUAUAAUUGUGUUGAAAAGCUGGUAGCUCAGACUUAUGACGGAGCCUCUGUGAUGGCAUCAGCUAUUAAUGGGGUGCAAGCCAAGAUUAAAGAAAAAGUACCUGAAGCAACUUUUAUCCAUUGUUAUGCCCACAAGUUAAACCUGGUGCUCUCUAAUUCAGCUAAAUCUAUAGAAGAGUGUAAAGUAUUUUUUUCAACACUUGAGGGAAUGGCCAUGUUUUUCAGUAAAUCGACAAAACUCACCCACCUACUGGACGAUAUGGUGAAGAGACGUUUACCGAGAGCAGCACCCACCAGAUGGAGUUCACAUUCCAGACUAGUGCAGACGGUCAACAUGUUGCAAAGUGAUCUACGUGCUAUGUUCCUGUUUCUCAGAGAAAAUCCAGCUGGUUGGGAUCAUGAGACCUUGAUGAUGUCUGAAGGAUAUUACUUUUUUCUGAAUAAAGCAUCAACCUGCUUCUUGCUUAUGACAUAUGAGGCCAUUUUCAUACAAACUGACGCACUCGUUCAAUUGCUGCAGAGUAAAGUGAUGGAUGUUGGAUUCUGCUGUCAGAGAAUUUCUGACACUAUGAAAUUUCUUGAAAAUCAGAGACAAGAGUUUGACAAUUUGUAUGAGAAAUUUGAAUUGGAAUGCAUCAGAAUGGGGCUGACAGACAAUGAAAGGAGUAAACAGCCAAUAAGAGAUGUGAGGAAAAGGUUGUUUUACAACAUUAUGGACAAUGUCAGUGUUCAAAUGAAGGCUUGGUUUGAUCAUUUUGCUGAGCUAGAAUUCCUUUGUUUGGUCGAUUGCACUAAACUGCUAGAGAUGUCCAAACAUAUUGAUGAUCAAAAACUGCAGAGCCUAUCAAGAUAUGGCAAAUACUUUGACUUAGUUAGACUAAAAUGUGAUCUAAUUGGAUUUUAUAGUUUUGAAAUGGUGAGAAAUGAUUGCAAAUCACCUACAGAUCUACUCAACUUUUUGUCCAACAACAAUCUCAUGCAGACUGUUCCAGAGGCGGUGAAAUUACUGAAGCUGGUUCUCACGAUACCAGCUACAACAGCCUCUGUUGAGAGGUCCUUCUCAGCUUUAAAGCAAAUAAAAACACAUAGCAGGGAUCAAACCAGUCAAGGACGACUUUCCUCUUUGGCUAUUUUAGCAAUUGAGAGAGAGAGACUGGUACAGUUACAUGAAAAAAACUGUGAAGAUUUUCUUCAUAAAGUUAUUGAAAAUUUUGUGAAAAAAGAUAGAAGGAUUGACCUUGUGUACAAAUGAGGGAGCCGAACAAGAACAGUCACUUAGAAAAAAGUUUAGAUUCUUUAUAGUUGUUACAUGUUUUUUAUGUUAUUAAAGAAAUAUUUAAAAAAUAA